AGCUACUCCGUCACAACCCUCGUGCUCGCUUGAACCUCGAGGGCGUACUGGCGCAUCCCUGGAUCCAAGAAUGCACCAAAGACUUGCCUACUCCCUCAGGUCACUGAGUGAUGAUCACAGUGGGGUCUUGCAAAUAUUGUGAUAUUGUCCUCGAACAAGUUUAUUUGAAUUUUGUACAAAGUUAGGUGCUUUGAUCAGGAUCUUUUGCAAGAAAGAUAUUUUGUAUUCCCUUUUAAUCAGUAACAAGUAGAUUGACCUUGUUGCUGAAAACUAUAGGUCAUUCCAUUUAGUGUUCUACAAAGGGUAUUUGUAAUAUUUGAUUAAUAUUUCUCCAAUGUAUUUAUUUAUGUGAUAAAGUGGGAUAAAGAAAUGACAUCAUUUUUGUGUUUAUAUCGCACACAUAAUCAAAGAGGAAUGUACUAAAUUUUAUUACCAAGUGCAGAAGCACAACUCCCUGGGAGCUUUUAUAAUCAUAGGCACAAAUAGAUCAUUUUGAAAAUAUUUAUAAUUCAGAGGAAGUGGCUAUUAAAAUUUGUCAAAUGUUUCCAACUAGAUUUUUACAUUGGAGACUUUUGGGGUAUAUGGUCAAGGUUCCAGCAUAUCUUUAAUGGCAAUAUGGAUAUACCUGGGUGACCUCUCGACUAUCCAAGCUUUAGAUUGGCAGAAUGCUUGUGGGAUUUUGUAUUGUAUGCUUGUGCAAUCUCUUCUCCUUUUUUCUCUUGUCCUUUAGUUCCUGAUUUUUUUUUUUUUUUUUUUUUUUUUUUUUUUUUUUUUUUUUUUUUUUUUUCCCCCUCUCUCUCUUUAGACCAUCCUAACCUUGACAACCGCUGUCCAUCAGAACUAUUUUCACAUGUCAGUUUUGUUGGUGUUGACAAACUUUUGUAAAUAAAAUUCUUUUCCCUCCUUUUUCUUCAUUUUUGCUGCAUUAAGAUAUAAGACCAUUUAUAAAACAAUGAUUAACAAAGCUUUCAAAACUGAACACAGCUGCUUUGGCUGGAAAGGUGUGCAUGUAACUGAUUGAUAGUAAAUAAAAUCAUAGCAUUUUCCAUUUCAAGAUUUUUUUUCCAAGCUUCUUAGUCAGAUUGUAAAAAUAUGAUGAUUUUUCCUCUGCUUUCCAUUCUCCAUGCAUUGCUUGACAUUCUGCUAACAUGUUCUAAACUUUUGGUGUGUUAGCUCAACGUCUUUAAGCUAAUAUGUCAUAAUUUUUUGUCAGUGAAAUUCUCUUGUUCACAUUAUACAGUUUUGUAAUUUUUUUUUAUUCCUCUAAAAAUAUCACUAGUUUACUAGUUUUGUUUUUGUUUCAAGUUUAGUUUACUUGGAUAUUGAGAUUGCCACAAUGUGUUUCAUUAGCAUAAGUAUUACUAGUAUGAAAGUUGUGUAUAUAGAUUACUAAAUAAGUUCACUUUAACAGGUUUUGUAAAGCAGGAAAGUUAAACUUGCGAACACCCCCUGUAUUUACAACUGCAUUUAUUCUGUACUGUACUGGCACUUGGUUUUUAAACAGUUUGGAUUUAAUGAUAAAAGUCAUAGAAAACAAAUGUUAACUGUUAUUUUAUGUCUUCUUUUUUCUUAAAAUUUGCUAGUGAUCAUUCAUCAUUUUUCUUUUAUUUAUAUAUAUAUGUAUUUUUAGGAAAGUGAAUCCAGAAAUGGGAUGUCAUAUAUAAAAAAAAUAAAAUGUAAUUCCUCAUACUUUGUUAUUAACCGUAUCCUUAAACUUGUAAUUCACGCAAUAUAAUGUAAAAUAAGUUUGAAAAUUAGUAUUACUACUGUUUCAAGUCAAGGCUUUCAUUCACAUCUUGUUUUUAUGUAGAGCAAAUGCAUUUUGAAGUAUGGAGAAUGAUAGGCAUUAAAAUGACCACUUACAUUCAUUCCUAUAUUCUGGAUGAUUAAUGGUAUUGGUUUUCAUUGAAAUUUUCCUGGUUUAUAGUAUCAUAUAUAAUCUACUAGCAUUUGUAAUUGACAGUUAGAACUUUUCCUUCGAUUCCAUAUUUUUCACUACAUUUAAUGUAUUUUCUAUCCAUACCAAUUAUCUUAAAAUUUGAUACCUGAGUGGGUGACUUCUGAUAGACUGAGCUGACAGCUAGUAUCAAGGAGGGGGUAGUAGUAGCAGUGUUCCAAGCUGUGAUCAAGGGAGAGCCAGGUGUCAGGGAAAAGGAAAAGUUAGUCAUUGGGGCUAGCUGAUAAAGGGGCAAACCUAAAUGCCCCUAAUAAAGAUACAAUCUGGAGUAUGUGAGAAAGAGAAAUGGUUCUCCCCUCAGGUUCCACUUGAGUGGCAAGGACUAGAUAACUAAAUGGGAAUGUGUCCAUUGCUCCCUGAAGCCAUUCAAGACUGACCUAAGGUUAGCCUUUUAUCCUUUCGACACAGCUCUGACAUCUAGGGAAGUAGACAGAAGAGGGUGUUGAAAAGAAGGAAAAGGAAAGGGAGAAGAAAGGAACAUGCAAAAUUGGUUGAGCUGAGGGCUCACCCAAUAUUGGACCUCUGUCACCUAUGCCCCACUCCCCCUCACAACAACAGGAUGGGAUUGGUGGAGAGGUAAUGGGGAAAAAGUUAUUGGUUGAGACAAAAUUCAUCAGUUGGUAUAAAUAGUUUCAAAUAAUCAGACAAUUAUACUAAAAUUUUAAAAGGUCCAAAUAAAGGUAAAUCAAACAUCA